CUGGAGGAUAAAAGGCGAGGAUACUAUCUUACUCGGGGAGUUUGUUGGAAGGGAAGACAGAGCAUCAACAAUCAACCAUCCAGUCGUUUCAGUUCGUCGCUUCUGCUCUUCUGCUCUUCUUUUCCACUUACACCUGCCUACCAGUGCGGAGCACUCUUUCAUACCUCCAAGACCAAGACCUAUCUCAUUUACUUCUCGAGCGACAUACACUUCUUCAUCGCUGAUUUCAAGUACAUCAGUAACCUCAAAAUGAAGACAGCAGCUCUUAGCACCGCCCUCUUUGCCGCCCUUGCGGCUGCCAACCCUAUUGACGCCCGGCAGGCAUCGGGAUGCAAAGCAGUCACUAUACUGUUUGCCCGCGGUACAACAGAAACGGGUACCCUCGGCACCGUCGUCGGUCCCGGACUCCAGAAGGCCCUCCAGUCGGCCCUCGGCGCCGACUCUGUUACCGUCGAAGGCGUCGCUUACCCUGCCGAUACGCUCGGCAUCUCGGCUGAGGCAACAGGGUCUGGACCUGGUAGCACCGCCAUGGCCAGUCAGGCUAGCGAAUGGUUCAGCAAGUGCCCAGAGACAAAGUUGAUUCUUACCGGCUACAGCCAGGGCGCCAUGGCCGUUCACAAUGCUGCCAGGAUGCUCAACGGCAAGGGCGUCCUUGCCGCUGUCACUUUUGGAGAUCCAUUCAAGGGUCAAGCUGUAUCUGGCAUUUCAGCAGGCAAUUUCAAGAGCUUUUGUGGUGUUGGUGAUAGUGUUUGCUCUGCUGGUGGAUGUGCUAGCGCCGGGGGCUGCGGAAGCAAGAGCGGGUAUGGCCAUCUUGGAUAUUUCUCCGACAACGACGCGGCCGCUGCUUUCAUCAAGUCCGUAGUGGCUUAGAUAUAUAUAGCACUUGCUGCGUUGAUUGGGAGGAUUAUACUUAGAUGCCUGACUACACGACUAAAUCUACGGGAUUUCUUUCAUCUCAAUAUAGUUUUAGCCUUCUUGUAUAAUCUACUAAAUCGACCGCUGACGCUGAUUAUCUUCUAUAUUUGGGCCA